ACGCGGACAUUGCCCCUCGCACAACGUAGCGAUCAAUUACACGGAUUUACGGGAAACUCUCGACAUGGAAUGAAAAUCUCUGUCGCAGUAAACACAAUAUAAAGUAAUUUGUGUUUUAUUUUUGCUUUUUUGAUUUUGGGGUUGUUUUUUUUUUUACUUAACUACAGAGAAAAUACACUCAAGCUGUUUGAUUUUUAUAUGCGGUUAAAGGCAACAUUUGCUUAAUACAUAUAUAAACAUAAAAAAAGUGAAUUGUGUUACGUUACGCUCUUUAAGAAUCAUAGCAUCGCAAAUAAAAAAAAAACAAAAAUAAUAUACGAGAAAAGUGAUCGAAAUCCAAAUCAAAAUCUAUUUCUAACGGCUAAUCAACGUCUUUUUCAGAAGAACCUACUGAAAAGAUUUCACUUGGAUUAUAUUAAUAAUUACCUCUGUAUUGAUUGAAUUUGAUAUAAAUGCAAAUCGGCAGACGCUAUAUGCUUGAGUAGAAAAUUUCUAGUAGUUAAAAACGCUGUAGAGUUUUUAUAUGCACAGUUACAUAUAUAUAUACAUAUGUAUAUAUAUAUAUAUAUAUAUAUAUAUAUAUACAUAUAGUGUGAGUGCGUUGGGCAUUGCAUUGAUAAAGCGUUGAAAAAACUUGAACAAUAUUAAAUACAAAAAUUGUAACAUGGCCGACGAUACAAUCGCAAUGCGGAUGCAGAAGAAAACACGCAGCGCUUCGAUAUGUGCAACCAGUGGUAGUCUAGAGAAUGCUUUGCAUACUAUGCCAUCGGGUAGUAACACGCCCGAAAACGCAGGCACGCCCAGCUAUAGACGUCGUAGACCAGCAACACGUUCCCAGAGUGCCAGAAUAACAGCCACAGCCAAUAGAUCGGUGCGAAGACGAACACACAUGCAUCAGCAACAAAAUCUACAAGAGUCACGGUCGUAUUGCACAAGCGAACCCAGGCUUAGCGAAACGGAAACACCGCCACAAAGGCGCAAACUAUCACAGAGAAGACCACAGCAGCACCCGCAUCGCAAAUCAAAUGCAUUUCUAGAUGUACCCACCUCGAAUGUACAUCAUUUACGUGUCGGUGAUGACGAGGAUCUGGAUCGUCUGAGGACAUUUAGUGCCUCCAAAGGAGGCAUUAUAAAUCGCGGUGAUUCUUUUCGACGCCGUCGUUCACGCAGUAAUAGUUUAGCGCCUGUCAGUCCCAUACAUCCACGAGUGGGUGCUUUAGCUGGUUGUACAGACAUCGAUGUUAAUUCGCACGAACAGCAGCAGGAGCAACAACAGCCAGUUGUUGACGUGUAUUGUGUCGAAAUGUUGGGUGCAGCCGGAGUCGGUAAACAAGCUUUGGUUUCACAAUUUCGUACAUCAGAUUGCAUUAAUGCAUACGAUGGACCUGAAUGUGAUGAAGCUGAGCAAAAUAUUUCAAUAAUAUUGAAUGGUAUUGAAUCAGAAUUAAAAUUUUGCAUAAACAAAGAAGAAAAUAAGGAUGAACUUGAAAAGGCUGAUGCAUUUUUGGUUGUUUAUUCUUGCGUGGAUAAAGAAUCGUUUACGCGCUCUAAACAAAUAAUGUCACGUCUCCAAGAUAUGGAUUUACUGAGAACGCGACCAAUUAUACUUGUAGCAAACAAAAUUGAUUUGGCGCGAUCACGCGCAGUUUCCGCUCAAGAUGGUAAAUGUUUGGCUUGUACGUUCGGUGCUAAAUUUAUUGAAGUAUCUGUGGGUAUUAACCAUAAUUGUGAUGAAUUACUGGCCGGUACUUUAACGCAGAUACGUUUGAAGAAGCACCAUAAUCUAUUGCAACCAAAGUCGAAAAAAUCCAAAAACAAAAACAAACAAGAUAAACACAAUGAUCACCCUAAAAAUCAUGAUAAUCAAGAACUUGGCGAUAAGUGUAUAACUGAUAAAAAUUCCGAACUAAUGGGUAACAAUGAAAGUUCAUCAUCACCGGCUCAUUGGUACAAGAGUCGCAGCGUUAUGAUGGCAAGUAUGAAGGCCAGGCAAAUGUUAACUUGGAUACUGGGUAAGGAGGAUUCAAAAUUUAAACAUUGUGAAGAUCUGCAAGCGUUGUAAAACAUUUACAAAACUUGAAUUUCAACAACAACAACUAAAAUAAAUAAUAAACGAUGUGAACAAAAGAUAAAG